CGGGGCGGCCGACCCGAACAAGUUUGACUACCCGAUCUCGGCGGUGAAGGCGUUUCCCGCGGAGAGUAGCGCCGCCGUAUCCGUGUCGUGCACCAUUGCGAAGAGCGUGUGCGCGACGGUGCGCUGCCCCGCCCAUUCCAAGUGCACCGUGACUGCCUCGGGCGGCGCCACGUGUACAUGCAAGCGCGGCUACACGCCGGUCGGCGGCCAGUGCAUCAACGUGUGCGCGAAGGUGCAGUGCCCCGCGGGCGCGGCGUGCCAGGCUAGGAACGGCCGCGCGUUCUGCAUCUGCCGCAGCGGCCAGCCGCCCGUCAACGGCGUGUGCAAAGAGGCCACCAGCAGCACGGCCGUGCUCGAGUACGUCAUGGGGCACAACGCCGCUCGCAGCGCCAUCGGCCUCGCACCGCUCGCAUGGAAUCUGACAUUGGCUGUGCGCGCGCAGAACUGGGCGCGCGUGCUGGCGACGAAGCACCAGUGCAUGCAGCUGGAGCACGGCGAUACCAAGGGCGUCGGGCAGAACCUCUUCGCGGGCUGCUGUAACGGGUUUUACAAGAACGCGGACGCCGUGCAGGCAUGGGUGGACGAGAUUAAAGACUACAAGAAGGGCAAGUACCCCGACUCGUGCCGCGCGGGCAAGCAGUGCGGGCACUACACGCAGGUGGUUUGGGAGACGACGAAGCAGCUUGGGUGCGGUCGCGUGGAUUGCGCCAAUGGCUGGACCGUUUGGGCGUGCGAUUAUUACCCGCCCGGAAAUUACAUUGGCCAAUACCCCUAUUGACGGACGCAGUAAAAGGGAUUCUACAGCAUGGGUCUACAGCGAAACCAUUUGAAUGAUUAUGCAGUUUUGGAAGUAACCUCUCCAUUAACCUUCCUAGGUUAGCGUAUUUGUAGAUAGGUACAGUAGCGAUUUGCCUAGUGUCAGAUGGUGCAAUGUAGAGAGAUGCGCUCUCUUGUGUUGAUUGUUAGACGCUCAUAAGGGUAAUAAACCAUACAUCCCUAGUAUCUUAUCAAAGUUAACGAGUCCUAAGAUUCGUUUUGGGACACGCUGAUUCAUCAUCCCUGCCUCCUGCAUUAAGGCUGAUUUUGCAGACUUGCCCUUGGAAGAAAGGCUGAAAAUUGCA